AUGCCCUCUGCUCUGCGAAACGCCACCUCUCAAUGCCAGCACCGAGAUGAGGUUGAGGUCCUCGUUGUGGGUGCUGGUCCCGCAGGUUCCAUGUGUGCAUAUAGCUUGAUGAAAGCUGGAGUAUCUGUUCGUAUCAUUGACCAGAAACAUGUAGCGGUGGACCGUGGUCAUGCCGACGCCCUUCAGCCUCGUGUUCUCGAAGUCCUGAGGAGUCAUGGUCUCAUCGACAAAGCGCUCAAGCAGGGAAACAAAAUUAAUACUACGGCAAUUUGGCACCCUGGUCCAGGAGAUUCGAUUCAACGGACUAGUCGUAUCCCAAACAUCACUGCACCCGGUGGCCUAUACCCAUUCAAUCUUACCCAUCACCAAGGAACAUGGGAGGGCUUAUUUACUGAUGAGAUGGAGAAGUGGGGAUAUGCCGUUGAGCGUCCUUUCAGGCCAGUUGCGUUGAAUCUCAAAAGUGGCGCCGCAGAAGAUCCGAAUGCAUUCCCCGUACGCAUACAAUCAUUGGCUUCGGACGCACAGGACGAGUCGGAGGUACAUACCAUCCGUGCAAAAUAUCUCGUCGCUGCUGACGGCGCACAUUCUUGGAUCCGAAAAUCCUUGGGCGUCACUCAGACCGGUGACCAACUUCGAACAGAUAGGCGCUGGGGCGUCAUUGACUUCGUCCCAAACACGGACUACCCGGACAUUCGCUGCACGUCACAAGUGCACUCAAGCUCUGGCUUCUGUCUGAUCGUUCCCCGCGAGAACGAUAUGGUCAGACUGUAUGUUCCCUUGGACGACUAUGAACAGUACAUGGACUCGUCUAAGAACGUCGAUCCUGAUGGCCUUCUAGAGGUCGCCAAAAAGGCAUUUCGACCAUUCUACAUGAAUGCCCCUCAUGGUUACCAUUGGUCGACCAUAUACACCGUCGGUCAGCAUGUGGCGGAUACAUUCUCCGUCUCGAACCGCAUAUUUCUCACCGGAGAUGCCGCCCAUACCCAUUCACCUAAAGCUGGGCAAGGAAUGAAUGCUAGCAUCAACGAUGCACACAAUAUCGCGUGGAAGUUGACUUAUGUACUGAGGGGGUGGGCAAGUCGCUCCCUUCUUGACACGUACGACUCCGAAAGACGCAAGUUCGCGCUGGACUUGAUUAAGUUCGACAAGCAAUAUGUCGCAAUGUUCGAGAAUAUGUCACGUUCGCAUAUAGAGGUUGAUCCUCUUGACCACGCUAGAACGGUUCAAACCUUCGGCCUCUUUAAGAACGGUAUCGGUAUCCACUACGGUAACUCGAAGAUUGUUUCGGACCAGAUGCAGUCGGUCGCUCGCAAUCUCAUCGUUGGUCGACGAUUCCCUCCGGAGAUGGUACUUCGCGCUGCAGAUGACGAACUCGUGCAGAUUCAUGAUGUCUUGCCCUCCGACACUUCCUUCAAACUGCUUAUAUUCACGGGUAAUAUCUACGAGGAGAAGCAGAAGAUGCUCGUAAACGCCCUAGCCGACCAGCUCUCUGAGUCUCCUCUCUGUAACCAGCGUCCAAUCGGUCAGGGAAGAUAUAUGAAGAUGGUGGAGCCUAUAGUGAUUGUGCGCGGAAAGAAGGGCGAGGUGAGGUGGACUGACGUACCAGCAGUGCUCAGGAAUCACUGGUCCAAAGUCUUCAUCGACGAUGUUUGGCACCACGGAGACCAAGGAGGACGGGCAUACGAGAACUUUGGCAUCGAUAAAACAGGGGCUGUCGUCGUUGUGCGCCCAGAUGGAUAUGUGGGACUAGUGACCUCUUUGAUGAAGACGCGCUUGAUAUUCCGUUACUUUAGUACAUGGGCUUGCUAUCCUUUGUGA